CUAGCAACUGUCAAAAAUUUCAUUAAAAGUCACAUCACUGGCUCCAGUCGUCGUCGUGGUAAAUUUGUUAAUAAAAGUGGGAGACAACAAUUGUGGCAGGCAAUCGAAAAAAUUUAGCACUGUAGUGUUUUUUGUUUAUAUUUUUAGAAUAUAAGGGAAUUAAUACAAUAUCUAUUUAAUCAUGUGGAGCAGGUCGAAAUGUGUUUGCUUCACAGCUUUUAUGUUAAUUUAUGUAUUUUAUAAUCCAACUAAUAGUGGCGCUGUCGACAUGACCAGUGAUAAUAUCGACAUGACUUUAGCUUCUAAUGAAUUAGUAUUCCUUAAUUUCUAUGCGGAGUGGUGUCGUUUUAGUAAUCUUUUAGCACCAAUUUUCAACGAAGCUGCAGAUAAAGUUAAGGAGGCUUUUCCAGAUGGUGGAAAAGUAGUGUUAGGCAAAGUAGACUGUGAUCGUCAAACUUCAAUUGCAUCUCGUUUUCAUAUUACCAAAUAUCCUACACUUAAAAUUAUCCGCAAUGGGCAAGUAAGUAAAAGAGAAUAUAGAGGGCAACGUUCCGCUGAAGCGUUUGUAGAAUUUGUAAAGAAACAAUUAGAGGAUCCUAUACUAGAAUUUCAUCAACUGAAAGAUUUGGAAAAUCUUGAUUCUAAAAAACGUAUUAUCAUUGGUUAUUUUGAUCGCCGUGAUCAACCUGAAUAUGAUAUAUUCCGCAAAGUUGCCACAAAUCUUAAAGAAGAUUGCCAAUUUCAUGUAGGAUUUGGUGACUCUGCGCAAGCAAUGCAUCCACCAGUCGUGGACGGUAAUAACCCUAUAGGUAAAUUCCUAUUUAAUUUAACUUUAGGUACUCCUAUCAUAGUAUUCAGGCCUGAUGUUGCUGUUUCACACGAAAAUGAUGAAACAUAUAAAGGUGAUCUUAAAAAUUUUGAUGAACUAAAAAUUUGGGUACAAGAAAAAUGUGUACCAUUAGUACGGGAAAUUACCUUUGAAAAUGCUGAAGAACUAACAGAAGAGGGUUUACCAUUUUUGAUAUUAUUCCAUCGCCCUGAUGAUACAAACUCUAUAAAAGAUUACAAAGCAAUAAUAGAUAGUCAAUUAUUAAGUGAGAAACAAAAUAUCAACUUCCUCACUGCUGAUGGUAAACGAUUUGCACAUCCGUUACAUCAUCUGGGUAAAUCGGAAGAUGAUUUGCCUUUGAUCGCGAUAGAUUCAUUUAGACAUAUGUAUUUAUUCCCUAAUUUUAAAGAUAUGUAUGUGCCUGGUAAACUUAAGCAGUUUUUGGAAGACUUAUAUAGCGGUAAAUUGCACAGAGAAUUCCAUUAUGGACCUGAUCCAUCAAACAAUGAUGUACAAACAGAAGCAGUUCAUGUACAAGGAAAACAAACUUCGCCGCCAGAAUCUACAUUCAAAAAAUUAGGUCCUUCGAAAAAUCGUUAUACACUACUUGGGAAGGAUGAAUUGUAAAUCUUUCAUUUAGUAUUUUUCCUUAUUUAUUCCAACAACUUUAACUAUAAAAUUUUUUUUAUAAAAUAAUUAUAUAGCUAAACUAUUUAUCAAGAAGGCGAUGUUAACAGAAAAACUAUUUUCUUUGAAUAUAAUUGUGUGCUCUUUUUGCUUUUGAAUAU